AUGUCACGCCGGAAGCAGAAGCGACCCCAGCAUCUCGUUAAUGCGGAUCCGGGGGGCCCAAGGCUGCUAUCUCACGAUGAUCACCUGGGCAUGAAGUCACCAUCCACAUCUCUUGGCUCAGAAGUGACCUCAUCAGGAUCUUCCUCUUCAUCCCCCACCUCUCUCCAAGACUGCCAGCCUCCUCUGGCCCCUCGCCCAUCCCCCGGUGGGCUCCACGCGCCCUCCUUACCCAGCGAGAGCUCGCCUCCUCCCCACUGGCCAAGCCACAUCGCCCCCUUCACCACCUCCCUCCCCAAUACCCACUCUUCCCUUUCCCCAGACUUUCCUCACCCGUCGCUGUCUUCCCAGACUCACUCACCUCCUCCCCUGGGUCAAACCUCAGGCUCCCACACUCUGUCUCAUCAAGGAAAUUCUCACUCCACCAUGACCUCCCCACCAAUGGGCAGUUCAGCCACCACCACUACCUCCUCCUCCUCUUCCACCUCCUCAUCCUGUGUGCCACCCCACCGUGACAGCUCCAGCCCAGGCCAACUACAGGCCUCCAGCUCUCCAGGACAGCAGGGACAGAUCCAGGUGUCUCCAACCCUGGCGGUACUUUUGGAGGAGCUUAGGGUUUUACAGCAGAGGCAAAUCCACCAGAUGCAAAUAACAGAGGAAAUCUGCAGGCAUGUUCUACGGCUUGGAGGGGCUGUCUUUGGCCAAGAUAGUAACACACAGGCUAGUGGUGCUGACAGCAACCAGAAAACUGCAGGGGUAGUAUCUUCACCAUCACCGACACACCCCUCUACUGCCACUCCAGUAACUACGGCGCCAUCGCUUUUGAGCAGCCUUCCCUCUUCACUCUUUCCCCAGCCACUCAUCUCCAAAUCAGGAGCUUCACAUGGUAAUGGCAGCAGGGUGCCAUCCUCCUCAUCCUCGUCUUCCUCAUGUCUUUCAUCCACUAUCAGCUCCUCUGUUGCAUCCUUACACCCGCUGUCUUUGUCACUGGGGCUACCACCACGCUACCUCCAUGAGAAAUCAUCCAACACCUCCUCAUUUGGUCACAGUAAUGGUAUCAGUUUCUCUACUCCUCCCCUUCCUCCCACCAGCCAUUCCCAGGACCUCCAACCCAGCUCCUCCCUCGGCUCUGCCUCCUCAGCGGGACGCCAUCAGCAUGUCUGCCGUUUUUGCGGCAAGGUGCUAAGCAGUGAUUCAUCACUCCAGAUCCAUCUGAGAUCGCACACAGGUGAAAGGCCUUACCAGUGUCCGGUCUGCUUGAGCCGUUUUACAACCAGAGGGAACCUCAAAGCCCAUUUCCUGCGACACAGAGAGCAGAACCCAGAGCUGUCUCUCUCACUGCUGCCCCCAGCGCUGACAGAGCAGACACCUGCUCCUGGUGCCAUCCAGAGAAGAAGAAAAAGGCGGGCUGAUGAUGAUGAGCCAUUUAAUGGAGUGAAAGGCAUGACAGAGAACAUGGCUUUGGGAUUCUUGUCUGGUGCGUCCACUCGCCCCUCACCUUCCUCUCUACCUCUGCCCCCCUCAGUGGACAUGGCGCUGCUGUCCACAGCCCAUUCACUUCUACAGCUGAACAGAGCUUCAGCUGCAGCUGCUGCCAGCGCAUCUGGCACUGUAAUGCCUUCCUCUUCAUCCUCAUCUUCAUCCUCUUCCAUGGGCAGUCAGUUCAAAGGAGCAAAGCAGCAGCGAUUUGAUGAGAAUACACCUCCUCACUCAGCCCUCCAUACAACCUCUCCAUACUCCCAGCUAGCCCACCUUCCUAAGAUUCUCUUCCCUGGAGGUACCUCCCCUCACCACCUUGCACUUCUCAGACCUCCAGGCCACCCAUCCACCUCUCACCUCUCCUCUCCUCAUCAGCUACCCUUCCCCUUCCCACCUUUCCCCAAACCAUCAAGCUCAUCUCCCUCUUCGUCUUCUCCCAACACCUCUACUCAAACCUCGGACACCUCCAAGUUGCAGCGACUGGUUCAGAAACUUGAAAAGCAACCACAGGGAGGCUCCUCCACCUCCUUACUAAACCCUUCUGAAUCUAACGGGGACACACAUGGCCAUGACCUGAGCACAUCCUCCAGUGCCUAUCGCAGGGAAAUGUUGGCUGCUCUCGGCUUGAGCCCAAGUGCCAAUGCUUCAGGUCUACUGACCAGCCAUGGAGUCUCAAGAUCUAGCACUACAACCACCACAACUACCCCUUCUCUGCCUACUGUUCAGGCUAACCAGUGUGGGGUGUGCCUGCGCGUCCUCAGCUGCCCUAGAGCUCUGCGUUUGCACCAGGCCACACAUCUGGGAGAGCGGCCGUUCCCUUGUAAGCUGUGCGGUCGUUCUUUCUCCACCAAGGGCAGCCUCAGGGCCCACCAAGCUACUCACCGUGCAAGACCACCCAACACCCGUGCCAUGAACUCCUGCCCACUGUGCCCACGUAAGUUCACGAAUGCUUUGGUUCUUCAGCACCACAUCCGCUUGCAUCUAGGUGGGCAAAUACCACCUGAUGAAGACCUGACACCUGAAGAUGGCGCAGAGACUUCUGUCUUUGAUGAUAGUGAGCGUGGCUCCAUUGGUUCCCCAUCUAAAGCCCAACAGCUCCUUCCCCUGGCCUUAACAACUAGCUCCAAGUCUCCAGUUGGUGCUCUUGACUCAGGGUCCACUUCCAAGCAAGCCACAGCUGCUGAUGCAACUUCUGUGAAGACAGAAGAAUCUGAGGGCUCAACACCCAGUGUUAGCCCACCCCUGACCCGUAAUCCCCCCUCAGCGGGAACCGAGGACCCCCUGCAUGUGAGAGACAACACACUAAUUGAUGGUACCCCUGUGAAUGGCUCCAAAUACUCUGAGGAGGAGACCCACGCUGACCUGGGCAAAGCACCCAUAGCUACUUUUAAUUCAGCUGUAGUGAAUGGAGAUUCAGAGGCAGAUGACACCCCUCUUUCCCUCUGUGUGUCAAAGCCCGCUGCAGAAAAUGAUAUGCCGCACGGAGCGAUUAAUAAUGAUGUCACCUCAUCUGAAGAGAAUAAAGAUUGCUCCACAGAAGAACAAACUACUAGUCCUGAUUCUAACCCAAAACCUCCAGGUACAAACCCUUUACCUGCACUCACCCCUCCCGCCACCCCCAAAGCCAGGGUAGAAGCAGAAGAGGCUUGUGGCAGUGUAACCCAGGAACCACAGGAGAGGGAUGCUACCCAAAGUAAAGGGAUGGGUGAGGCCAGCACACCCAGAGAGCCUUUGCCAGCAUUAGACACAGAGAAGGACACUCCAGUUGAGGAGGGUAACAGCGUGCCAGAAGAGCCUUUAGAGGAUCCAGAGCCCUCUGUCCCAGCACCAGCAACACAUUCCCAGCCUCCUCGUCCAGAUAAACCCUACAGCUGCUCCCAGUGUGGAAAGGCAUAUGCCAGCCGUAGUGGACUGAAGGGGCACAUGAAAACUCACCCUGGAGCGUUGACCAAUACCUCCUCCAAGGCUCAAACCAAUGACAAUGACAAUGACAUUGCGGAGGAUCACAAUUCUCUUUCAGCCAAUAAGAACCCAGGGGAACAGGAAGAAAAGCAGGGAUUGGCUGAAUCCCCCGAGAAAGGUGACAGCACAGACCCACCAACAAUCAGCGUUGGUUCGGAUGAGGCGGGCGAGCCUAUGGACACUGCUGUGUAG